AUGACUUUAUUCGCAUCUCUUGUUCGAGUUCGUCUGUCUGGAGGCCAUUAUCCUUGGGAGGGUAUCGUAGAGGUGUUCUACCAUGGCUCUUGGAGAUCAGUAUGUGAUGAUCGCUGGGACAUCAACAGUGGACAUGUUGUCUGCAGAUACCUUGGGAUAGGUACAGCUCUGGAUACCGACCAACAUGCUACCGCUUCUAAGGGAGCCCCAGAAUAUUUCUUAAAUGGCAUCAGUUGUGAUGGCAAUGAAUCCAGUAUACUUGAAUGUUCGUGGUCCAGUCUUCGUAAUCGCCAGUGCAAUUCGACCCGUAUCGCCAUGGUCCGAUGUUCAACUGGGAUUCGUCUGGUCGGGGGAAGGAAUAGCAGUGAAGGGAGAGUAGAGGUUUUCGCAAAGUCAACCUGGGGAAUAACCUGUGGGAAAGACUGGACCCUUAACAAUGCACACGUCAUUUGCAAAAGUUUAGGAUUCGCUGGUGCAUUGAAGGCAUUUGAUUAUGCUGAAUUUGGAUAUGUUAUAAAUAACAUACAUUUAUCGGAGGCACAUUGCACGGGGAGAGAAAACAACAUCUUCGACUGCCCAGAUGCAAAAUUCGAAACGAUGGACUUCUGCUAUGACGACGGUGCUGGCGUUCAGUGUUCAAUAGAAGACGAAGUCAUCUAUCUGACUGAUGGAACGAGUAUCUUCGAUGGCGUAGUCGUGUACUACUACAACGGCCAACAGAGAUCUGUCUGUAGUGACUCUUGGGACAAGAACGACGCUGACGUUGUCUGCAGAAGUCUGGGACUGGAAAGCGCGCGAAGCAUUACUACAUCUCACAUUUCAGAUGGCAGCCAUGUUGAGGUCACACUCGACCGUGUAGAGUGCACGGGUAAUGAAUCCAGAUUUUUCGACUGUCCUGGGGUAGGAGUUGGAUCUCAUGAGAACUGCAAUGUGUCAGAGGUGUCUGGAGUCACAUGUUCUGGAGGUAUUUACGUAAUUUGUGAGCUCAUCCGUCCACACUAA